AGAACUGCGCGCGAUAAAAGUAUCAUAAGACCAAUUAGAUGUUUGACCUGAUAGGCCGAGAGAUCAAGAGAGCGCGAGCUCUAAUCGGUGUGUUUAUGUGAAAUUUCUGGUGACAUUUCAUGAGGAGAAAUAAAUUGUAGCUAAUGCUAAUGAGGGGGCUGCGUGGGGGGGCAAUUGCACGCGCCCCUUUUCUUUAUAUAAACUGAUGAUUAACGCAAAGGUGAGACGGUUUGUUCCUUUGCUGGUAACGUGACGCUGCUCCAGAAAGCCCAGACAGGCAUGAGAACCGUCUGUGAAGUGAGUAACCGCUGAUGACUUCUCGGAGCUGAUGGAGGAGCCCCGGGGAGCCGCCGGCUCGUCCGCGCGUUUUCGUCCAGCGAACUGCCUGGCGCGCGAGGCGGCACACGAGCGCACUUGAACUUGAGUCCCGAGCACGCGAGCGUGUGCACCGGGCCACACGCGCGUAUACGCGGGCGGGCAGAAGCAUCUUUCGUCGCGUGAGUCGACUCGAAGUAGCCUCGAACACCGUAGGAAACUGGGAAACAUCGGACCAAGGCUUGUUGGAAGAAAAGGAGGAGGUGUCACGUCUGCCCGCCUGGUGUCUCUCUCUCUCACUCACUCACUCACUCUUUCUCUUUCUCUCUCUCUCUCUCUCUCUCUCUCUCGUCUGUGUGUGUGUGUGUGUGUGUGUGUGUCUGUGUGUGUAUGUGUCUCUCAAUCAGCGAGGCUAGUGCCGCCGGAGCCAAGAGUUGCCGUUCCGCGCACCAAUGCCAAAACGCACAGGAGGAGUCAGUGCCAAAGGGUCAUUUAGCGCACCACUGCUGAGAUGGAAGGACUGUAGGGAGCACACAGAGUCAACAGCUGCUAUUUGGCCCCCACAGAUACGGCGAUCAUUGGCUUUUAAGAGAAAAAUCUUUAAAGAAUAAUAAUAAUAAAAUAAAAAAAGGGGCGAUUUUCUAUCAGCGCGGUCGCUGCAGAGGUUGGGAAGUCCAGGAUUUCUUUUCCCUUUUCUUUUUUCUUUUCAAUCUGCAAACAAACGCCACACUUCUCCCAACCUGCUUUCAGCGAUCCAUCGCAGCAACAACAACAACAACAACAACAAAAGAGAGAAAGAAAAAAAGAAAGAAAAGAAAGCCCCGCUUUGGCUUCCUCCCCCACUACCCGAUCCAGGUGUUGCUUCCACGGCAGGACACCGUGCGCGGAUCUUCCGACUUUCAGCCCUGCUGCUCCGGCUCCUUAACGCGCAUCAAAAGUUUACACCUUCAGAGACUGUCGACCGGCUAGCGAUAAGAGCGCGCGAUCCGAGGGAGUGCGGAGGAGAGAGAGAGAGAGAGAGAGGUAGAGAGAGAGAGAGAGAGAGCUGCUCACCGACACCACGGUUCAAGCCGACUCCAAGUGCCGUUCACCGGGCGAUGCCAGAGUAAAUGCCGGGGCAAUGUCCCGCCGCAAGCAGGUGAACCCGCAGCACUUAUCGUUGACGCACAGGGAGACGGUCCAAGCGGAGGUCAACCAUGACUCAGGCGCCCGAUCUCCCUCUCCGGAGCCGUCCACCCCGAGUCCUCGGAGGAUGGGGCCCGGGGAGCACGACCUCUUGACCUGCGGCCAGUGUCAGACCAACUUCCCCCUCGGCGACAUCCUCAUUUUCAUCGAGCACAAGCGGCGGCUGUGCAGGGGGCCCGGCGGUGGCGGGCCCGGCACCUUCUCCAAGCCCGGCGAGGCCGGCGGGAUCAUGGGCGUUCCCGUCUCGCCCCGGGCCCGCUCGCUGGAGCUCGGCAGAGGGGGGUCGCUUCCGGUGGAGGUGGGCGUCCAGGUGACCCCCGGAGGGGAGGAAGACGAACGCAGGAGGCUGACCCCAGCCAAGGGAAUCUGCCCCAAACAAGAGAAAGGAGAUAAAGACGAACCAUCCAGCUACAUCUGUACUACCUGCAAGCAGACCUUCAACAGCGCCUGGUUCCUUCUUCAGCAUGCCCAGCACACUCAUGGCAUCCGCAUCUAUCUCGACAACCAUCUGGCCAACUGCUCCCUCACUCCCCGCAUGGCUCUCCCUCCUCCCCCGGGAGUCGAUGCCUUGCCUCGCUCCCCUCUCCCUACUUUCCUUGGCGACACCAACAACCCAUUUCACCUCCUCCGCAUGGCUGCGCCCUUGCUCAGGGAACAUCCCCACCCUCCAGGGUACAUGGAGACCCGCCUUCCUGCGACACCGCCCUUUGUCAGCCCUCCGCCUCCCCCUAGGCCACCUCUAGAGCGACUGGGCCCAGAGGAAAUGGGGCUGCUGUCACAGCACCCCAGUGCCUUUGAGAGGGUGAUGAGAAUGACCCCCAUGGAGCCUCCUUCCAUGGACUUCUCCCGUCGACUGAGAGAACUAGCAGGCAACACAACCAAUAACGGCGGGCCCACGCCUCCUUUGUCACCAAACCGCGUGCCACCCAUGCACCGUCUGCUGAGUCCAACACUUUUCCAGCCUGGUGCCAAGCCCCCAACAUUUCUCACCUAUGCCCCACAGCCACCUGUAUCCCAGGGGGGCCACGGCUCCUCCAGCCCUCCAGACGCACAGGGUCAGAAUAAUGCCCCUGGAAAGUCGAAAUCUUGCGAGUUCUGUGGCAAGAUCUUCAAGUUUCAGAGCAACCUAAUUGUCCACAGACGCAGUCACACAGGAGAGAGGCCCUACAAGUGUCAUCUGUGUGAUCAUGCCUGCUCCCAGGCCAGCAAACUUAAAAGGCACAUGAAAACACAUAUGCACAACAAGUCUGGGAACAUGACGGGCUCCCCAGAACAGGGGAGUCGGGGAGAGGAAGGAGAAGGUGAUGGAAAAAAUCGAGAGGGCGAUGUGAGGGUUAUGGAGAUGGAGAAUGAGGAAGAAGAGGAAGAUGAGGAAGAAGAGGAGGAGGAAGAAGAGGAGGAGGAGGAAGAGCUAAGGAAUGGGAGUCGACCAGAUUCCAACCUAAGUGACGACUCCCAGGAAUUCAGUCACAACAGAGAAAAUGGUCCCAGACAGUCCCCUGAGGAGAAACCCAUGGGUGGGGACAGAGUUAAUGACAAUGGAGGGAUGGGCAUGAUGCAUCCAUACAACCACCUGGACAAUCACCUUAGACUUAACCCUAACAAGAGAAGCUUGGAGAGGCAACCUAAUGGAGACAGUGGGGAGAGGAAUGAAGUUGAGAGAGAAAAUGACAGGGAACCAGACAGAGAGCGAGAGGAGCAAGAGGAUAUUAGGCCCAUGAUGAAUGGCAGGAUCAGUGUAAGUGAAGUGGAGGCCUUUCCUGGGCUUUUUCAGCGUAGGCCCACUCCCAUCACCAGCCCGAGCCCCUCCAACAACAAGAGGAUCAAGAUAGAGAAAGAACAGUUGGAUAUUCCUCCAACCAUACCCCUCAUAUCCCCAGAAAAUGUCUACUCCCAGCUUCUGGCUGGCUACGCUGCUUCCCGCCACUUCAUCAGAGAACCUUUCUUGGGGUUCACCGACUCCCGCCAAUCGCCGUUCGCCACCUCCUCCGACCACUCCUCCUCGGAAACGGGAAGCCUGCGCUUCUCCACUCCGCCCGGGGAGCUGAUCGAAGGCGGCAGCGCGUCGGGGCGCAGCGGAAGCAGCACCCCUCACCUCCUGCGCGGACCGGGGCCCGGCCGGCCUCCCAGUUCGAAGGAGAGGCGAAACGACACCUGCGAGUACUGCGGCAAGGUGUUCAAGAACUGCAGCAAUCUGACAGUCCACCGGCGCAGCCACACGGGGGAGCGGCCGUACAAGUGUGACCUGUGCAGCUACGCCUGCGCCCAGAGCUCCAAGCUGACGCGUCACAUGAAGACCCACGGUCAGUUCGGGAAGGAGGUGUAUCGAUGCGACAUUUGCCACAUGCCCUUCAGUGUCUACAGCACACUGGAGAAACACAUGAAGAAAUGGCAUGGUGAACAUUUGAUGGCCAGUGAGGUCAAACUGGAGCAAGCGGACAGAGGUUAAGCCACCAGCGAUAAGUUAUAAAGCAUAUUGUAUACAGUACACACACAUCUUCGCUCUCCCUUCACACAUACACACACGCAACACACACACACAUCCACACACCUCCUAACACCACUUCUUCAGUGACGGGGCUUGGCUGGAUUAUCGCUCUCUUGAAAAAAGAAAAAAAAACAAACAAAAAAAAACAAAUUAAGAUUGAUUGAUGUUUAUCAUUUUUUCUUGUCACAGAAACUGCCACCUGAGAAUAUUACCAAAUGGAAACUUUAAUAACUUGUCUGAAAUGCUCAACUGGGUGUUUCAUGGCAAACAGUCUGAGGAUUUUAUCAGUUAGGAAUCUAUGGAGCCUUUCUACUGUGCAAUAAUUUCUGUAUUUAUUGGAUUUUUGUAAUGAUAUUUGGCAUGUGCAGGUAAACCUUUGUGGGAUUUCAUAUGGAGUUAGUUUUGAAAUGUUCUAAAAAGAAACUUUUUUUUUUCUAAAAUGCUAUAACUGAGAAGACGUCCCCACGAAUACAAUGUUUUACUUUUUUUUUUGUUCCUUUAAGGAAGCUUGUUAUCCUGUGAGAGUAAAUUUGUGUGAAGCAGUUAGCUUUUAAAAGUUUCAAAAAACGAAAAGGGAAAAACAAAAAAAAACAAAAAAAAAGACUUGUUUUCUAUAUUACCUGCAGCAGCGGAUUACAAUCCAUUCCCUCAUACAGGCCUAAAGCACUGAAUGUCUGCCUGACAAUAAAACAUCCUUUCUGGAUUUUAAAAAUCCGACAUUAUCUUAGAGAUCUGGUACGUUGGUGUUAAUUUAUUCAGGGAGUGUUGUCCUUUUUAAGAAAUGGCAAACAAAAAAAAAACAAAACAUUGGAACAAUUUCAAAAUGCAGUUACUGUAUCGGUGUCCUUCCUGCAAAAAAGGACGUAAAUAAAGGUUGCACUUGACAGAGAUACCCUUAAACUGAUGCUCAGUACAUUCCUAAUGUAGGAUUAAACCACCAUAUUUAAUAUGUUGAAUAAGUUAAGACUACUUGUGAUUAAUGUGAGAAUGGGAACAGUCCUUUUUAUGGUUUGUAAAUAUUCUUUUUUUAUAUAUAUAUGUUAAAGUAGCCCUGACUGUAAAUGAAAGAUGGCCUAAAUCUACACAAUCAAAAAACAACAAACAAAAAAACCAGCUGCUUACAUAUCUGACAUGUAACUACCAUCCUUUUCUUUUCUUCAUUAAGCCCACCUCCAGUUCACUGUCCAACGUCAUUUGUUGAGCAAAAUUUGCUUUCCUGUCAAAACCACUCCCUCCUGUGUCUGAUGUGGAACGUCUCGGCGACCAGAGCUGACUUCCUGUACCCCCCCCCCCAAAAAAAACAAAACAAAAACAACAAAGAAAUCUGGUUCUCAACUGAAAUGAAACUCGCGUCCCUUUGCGCUCCGCUGCUCCGAGCUUCUCCCUCUCUCUGAUGGCGUCUUUUCUCAGCCCACCAGUUCAGAUUCAAGCAUUAAGAGUUGGUUUUUAAACGGGAAGGCCGCUCAUUCGCCUCACGCGGCGAGACGAGGGGGCUUUAACUCCCUGUAGCAGAUUUUGAGACAGUGUGCCCGUACGUGUCUUUUGGGGAUUAUAUUUUUUUUUAUAUAUAUAUAUAUAUUUUUUUUUUUUUUUCUGCAUUGUUCAUCCUAAAAUGAGUCUGUUUGAACAAAAAGAAAAAAAGAAUGAAAAAGCCAUAUGAGUUAUGAUAAUUUGGAGCACAGCUGCACUAGGGGAUGGCCGAGCGACCUUGAGUAGGGGCUAUUCUUGUGGCAAAAAUGAAAGAUUGGAGCCGAGAAAUGAAGACGUGCGAGAAAGAAACAGAGGGAGAGAGAGAGAGAGAGCAAGACCUUGACUGGGGAGAGUAGUCAUUCAAAUGAAAUUGGAAGCAUAUGAAACAUGUAUUUUUUAAGUUGUAUUUUUUUGGUACCCAAAUGCACAUCUACUGGCCACAUCUUAUAACAGACCAUCAGAGUGAGACAGAGCGAGCGUGAGAGGGAGGGAGACAGACGGCGGAGCCACAAGAAAGGAGAGCGAGGCUACAUCUUUCAUCCUAGCGCCGCAAUCCUCAGCCAUCGAAAUCAUAAUCACUUGAAAGUUUGACCUACCAUUUUGGCCUAUUGUCAGGUUUUAUCUGCACCACUUCGCUUUGAUAGAACAAAAAGAUAUACUGCGCUUUAAAUGCAAUCUCACUUCUUCUUCAUCAUCUUUUCUCUUUUUUUUUCCUGGCAAAUCUGAGAAAGACAAAAAAAAAAAAAAAUGUCGCGGUCACAAUGAGAGCUCAGCAUAAGCUACGUCGUUAGGUUAUCAUUUUGGUGAAUCGACACAACAGCGAGACUGGCGGGAGAGAAGCUUGCUUGCAUAUUGUUUUGCGUGAAUGCAAAAACAAUUUAAAGGAGACGAGAGAGAAAAGGAAUCAAGGUGCUUUCUUAUUUUUGUUUCUUUUUAAACACGUCGUGUAUUAUUAUCCCCCGUUCAGAGGCAGGACAAGACGAGGCCAGGCAAACGCACUCGGACGAUGGGACGGCGGAAAGCUCACAGAGACCCCAGAUCACACACAGACAUUCAGUCUAAUAAUAUGUUUACAGUGUUGAAGUAUGCCAUUUAAGAAAAUACUCUGUUAGUGUUGAUAAUGAUGCUAAAGUUUUCUCUUUUUUUUUUUCCUUCCUUUCUCCGUCGUUCUCUCCGAUAAUUUGGCAGUUUUUGUACGAUUUUCCUGGUGGAGGGGUUUUUACCUACAUUACUGUGUUUCUGUAUGAUUGCUUGUUCACUGUAUGGAAAUUAUGUAAAAUGCUCAGUCGUGGCAGAUAUUUUCUUUUUCCUUAUUUUUCAAACAACAGUGAUGUCACUUUGACUCCAGCUAUUUGCUUAUAUAUAUAUAUAUAUAUAUAUAUAUAUAUAUAUAUAAUUUUUGGGGGACUUUUUUUUUCCUUGAGCUAUCCUUAGUGGAUAUAAAACAAAAUGAUUGAAAAACAAGAAAACGGAGGAAAAUAAAGCUGAAGCAAAAACCCUUCGGGCAGUGCGGCGGUUUCGUGCAGGAAUUCUUCUCCAAAUCAAUUUUCAAGGACCUUCGUGGACUUUCAUGGUCUUCUCCUCAUGUUUGGUUGAAGGUCUUGUGAUGGCACUUAAAACUGUAAUUUUGUUUGGAUACAUUUUCAUAUUUCACUUUUCAACACUUUCACCUACACUCUUUGUACAAAAAAAAAGUUUCCUUGUUCCUUUUUUUUGUUUUGUUUUUGUUUUUGUUUUCAGGGCGGCGGGGGGGGGAGGGGGGGAAGUGGUGCAUCAUUGUGAAAAAAAAAAGUGUUUUCAGAACAGUACACAUCUGCUGUUUUGAACAUAUAUGUAUUUUUGUAAUGUGUUGAAAAAUCAAUACAAGAAAGCCAACACUUCAAUAAAUGUUGCAAUUGCUCUAUGAGAGAA